CCAUCGAAGCGCACAAAAAAGAAGGAAACCAACUCCGCACGCAUGGCAACGGUGCAUGCUCUCCUAAACCCCUCUUUCCUCUCCCCAAAACCUCCCGAGAGAAGAAUCGCUUUCUCCCUUCCCAACCCCUUUCUCACCCCUUCUCUUCGUCCUCCUCCUCGUCGUUCUUUUUGUCGGCUGCAACGACGAAUUCUAGCAACUAGACCAAUUGCUGCGUCAGUAAAGGAGCAUUUGGGUCGUCUCAGUAAGACAUGGAGUGAUAUCGUGAGUUUAAACCACUGGGUUGUGCGCGACUAUGUCCGUCUGGUGAAGUCCGUGAACGUUCUCGAGCCAGAGAUUAAGAGUCUUUCCGAUGAGCAGCUGACUGCAAAAACUGAGGAGUUCCGAGGCCGAUUGAGGCAAGGGGAGACGCUGGCCCACAUUCAAGCUGAGGCAUUUGCCGUUGUUCGUGAAGCUGCAAGGAGGAAACUUGGAAUGCGUCACUUUGAUGUGCAGAUUAUUGGUGGAGCGGUGCUUCAUGAUGGAUCUAUUGCCGAGAUGAAAACAGGGGAGGGAAAGACAUUGGUAUCCACAUUAGCAGCAUAUCUUAAUGCCCUGAGUGGCGAGGGUGUUCAUGUGGUAACUGUUAAUGAUUAUUUAGCUCAACGUGAUGCUGAGUGGAUGGGUUGUGUUCAUCGUUUCUUAGGUCUUUCUGUGGGUCUUAUUCAGAGGGGAAUGAAAUCUUCAGAGCGAAGAUCCAACUAUGGAUGUGAUAUAACAUACACCAAUAACUCAGAACUUGGCUUCGAUUAUCUGCGAGAUAAUCUUGCGAGAAAUAGUGGACAACUUGUGAUGAGAUGGCCAAAGCCAUUUCAUUUUGCAAUAGUUGAUGAAGUUGAUUCAGUCCUUAUAGAUGACGGAAGAAAUCCUUUGCUAAUCAGUGGGCAGGCUAGUGAAGAUGCCGCACGAUAUCCUGUUGCUGCGAAAGUGGCUGAGCUGCUUGUGCAGGGGCUUCAUUACAAAGUGGUGCUUAAAGAUAAUUCCGUGGAGUUGACCGAGGAAGGGAUUGCACUCGCAGAGACAGCUCUUGAUACUAAUGACCUAUGGGAUGAAAAUGAUCCCUGGGCCAGGUUUGUGAUGAAUGCUUUGAAGGCUAAAGAGUUCUAUCGGCGCAAUGUCGAAUAUAUUGUUAGAGAUGGGAAGGCUCUCAUAAUCAAUGAGCUGACAGGCAGAAUUGAAGAAAAAAAGAGAUGGUCUGAGGGGAUUCAUCAGGCUGUAGAGGCUAAAGAAGGUCUCAAGAUUCAGGCUGAUUCAGUUGUUGUGGCACAAAUCACAUAUCAAUCACUCUUUAAGCUUUAUCCAAAGCUUUCGGGGAUGACUGGGACUGCAAAAACGGAAGAGAAAGAGUUCUUGAAAAUGUUCCAGACACCAGUAAUUGAAGUGCCCACUAAUCUUCCAAAUAUUCGUAAAGAUUUACCAAUCCAAGCUUUUGCUUCUGCCCGUGGAAAAUGGGAACAUGUUCGUCAAGAGGUUGCACACAUGUUUACACUGGGCCGUCCAGUUUUAGUUGGAACCACAAGUGUCGAGAAUUCUGAACAUUUGUGUGAUCUGCUGAAGGAAUGGAAUAUACCUCACAAUGUCCUGAAUGCACGACCCAAGUAUGCUGCAAAGGAGGCUGAAGUUGUUGCGCAGGCAGGGCGAAAAUAUGCCAUCACCAUUUCAACAAAUAUGGCUGGGAGAGGCACGGGUAUAAUCCUAGGAGGAAAUCCAAAAAUGCUUGCAAAAGAAAUUCUUGAGGACCACUUACUGUCAUCUUUGACACGAGAAGCUCCUAAUGUUGAAGUUGAUGGCGAGGCAAUUUCACAAAAGGUAUUGUCAAAGAUAAAGGUUGGAUCAUCAUCGGCAGCAUUGCUAGCUAAGACAGCCUUAAUGGCUAAAUAUGUGCGCAAAAGUGAGGGUAAGAGCUGGACAUAUCAGAAGGCUAAGUCUUUGAUCUCAGAAGCUGUGGAAUUGAGUCAGUCAAUGGAUUUGAAAGAAAUAGAAAAACUUGCUCAUGAAGAGGCCGAGAUGUAUCCUCUUGGCCCUACUAUAGCACUAGCUUACCUGUCAGUCCUGAAGGAUAGUGAAGUACACUGUUCCUGCGAAGGUGCUGAGGUGAAAAAACUAGGAGGGCUUCAUGUGAUUGGCACGUCCUUGCAUGAAUCAAGGAGAAUAGAUAACCAGCUUCGUGGAAGAGCAGGAAGGCAAGGGGAUCCUGGAUCAACACGGUUUAUGGUGAGCUUGCAGGAUGAGAUGUUUCAAAAGUUUGAUUUGGAUACUGAAUGGGCAGUGAGACUUAUAUCCAAGAUUACAAAUGAUGAGGAUGUACCAAUUGAGGGCCAAGCAGUUGUUAAGCAGCUCUUGUCCUUGCAAAUCAACGUGGAGAAGUUCUUCUUUGCCAUUAGGAAGAACCUGGUUGAAUUUGAUGAAGUAUUAGAGGUGCAGCGAAAGCAUGUCUAUGACCUUAGGCAAUUAAUUUUAACUGGUGACAGUGAAAGUUGUUCCCAACACGUUAUCCAGUACAUGCAAGCAGUGGUGGAUGAAAUUGUUUCUGGAAAUGUUGAUCCGCAGAUGCAUCCAAGGAGAUGGAGCUUGGGUAAGCUCUUGAAUGAGUUCACCUCAAUAGCGGGGAAACAGUUGGAUGAUUCAUUUGCUGGGGUAACUGAGGAGGCGUUACUAAAAUCUCUUGGACAACUACAUGAAGUUAGAUCAAUUGAUAUUGAUAACUUUUUUCUUCCAAACUUGCCAAAACCUCCAAAUUCCUUCAGAGGAAUACGCAGGAAGAGCUCUUCAUUGAGACGUUGGCUCGCUAUAUGCUCUGAUGAUUUGACUAUGAACGGAAGGUAUCGGACUACUAUUAAUCUUCUUCGCAAGUACCUUGGAGAUGUUCUAAUUGCUUCAUAUUUAAAUGCUAUACAAGAAUCAGGUUAUGAUGAUGUAUAUGUGAAGGAAAUUGAGAGAGCAGUUCUUGUUAAGACUCUAGAUUGUUUUUGGAGAGAUCAUCUUAUAAACAUGAACAGGCUUAGCUCAGCGGUAAAUGUAAGGAGUUUUGGGCACCGGAAUCCUCUUGAAGAAUACAAAAUUGAUGGCUGUCGAUUUUUCAUCUCCAUGCUCAGUGCAACUCGAAGGCUCACUGUAGAAUCAAUCUUGCGAUAUUGGUCAUCACCAUCGGAGUCUCAAGAACUAUUCUUCUCAUAAAGUCAGAAUAAUUUCCAUGCUAUUAGAUGCUUUGUAGAUUUUAAUGGGAUGUUCUUGGUGGGAUGGCAUGCCUCAGAUGAUAUUCUUCUGUAAAUGUACGUAGUUCUCUUGCUGGUACCUGGCAGGGUGGAGCCGAGUGGUCAAAGGGUGGGCUUGGAAUGAACUGUAGACUCGCAUAUCUCGGAUUCGUUGUGGCACUAAGAAUUGCCAUGCAUUACCUGGUCGUAUAUCUGGAGUUUACUUGCCAAGGAUGGGUCCCAAGGGCUCUGCUUUUGUGAGGUUCAAUGUCCUAAAAAAGUCUUUCUGGUACUCUUGUAUUCUGAACGUAGUUCAAACCAAGUUUCACCCCACACUCAAGGAAAUUUUGUACAACAGGAUAUUGUGGUGACAAAAUUCAGGCUGUCCUUUAAAAAUAAAUUCGUUUUUAGGAUUUAGAGUGAAGGUGAUUGCAAUGAGAAUUACUCCUUUUUUGGUUGGUAAAUGAAUAUAAAUAGGGUUGUAAUUGAGCCGAGCCGGUCUUUGGCUUGCCGAGCUCGGCUUGACUCAAAAUACUC